GAAAGGUACAAAAGUGCAGAAUCACUCCAGCAUCCCCUUAAACGACAAACGUAUAAAUAGCGAGACGUCCGGAUUCCCUCUUCAAUUUGCCGCCGUUUCUCUCGUCCCGCCGUCCGGCGCUCGCGUCGCCGCCGUUCGCCGCGACGCCGCGCGGCCGCUACUCGAAUCACGCUCGGUGUCCCGCGGGGGCAGGUCGCGCGCGGCGCGCGCGGCGCCCGUCGCCAGCGCCGCCUCAGUGAAACUUGGACCGCAGUCGCGCGUGUCUCGGCGCUGGCGGUACUCGGGCCACCGCGACCGACCGAGGCGGUUAGGGUGCGCGAUUAAGGUGCGAGAGGGAUCGGAGCGUGCGAAGGUGUGCGCUUCCCGCGCGGACGCGGCUGCGUACAGGGAGCAGCGCGGGUGCCCUCUCCGGCGUCUCGCGUUUCUGUGUGUUCGCGCGCGCUCGCGUCGCUCCAGCGGCAGCCGUCGCCGUCGUCCGUUCGCCGUGGCGCCGCGGCGGUGUGCAUGCGCGCAUGCACGUAUGCGUGGUGACCCGCGCUCCUCGCCGACGAGUGGAACGAGCUCCCGCUGCCUCUGUCGCUGCUGCUGCUGCUGCUGUUGUUGCUGCUACUGCUAUGCGUCCUCGCGACGGCUGGUGGCUCGCCGCGGCUACGUCGCGAAAAUAAUCACGCCGGUCUGUCGCGAGUGCGUCUGUCUCUCUCUCUCAUUCUCUUCCGCGCGGAGAGGUGGUAGCUGUCGGACACGCUGCUCGAAUCUGCCGUCUGUCCGUCCCGCGCUCCCGCGUUCCCUUGUCAUUCAUUCCUCUCUUCCGUGCGUGUGUCUGUAUCUCUCGCUCGACCCCUGUCACUCCGUGCCGGGACGACGUUCGUACCGUGCGGUUCACGGAAAAGCAACGUACGCGGAGGAGAGGCGGAAAACGUGAGCGGGGUGUCCCCCCCCGCGGAAUUAGAUGGUGAGAGACGAGUGAAGUGAACGGUGUCCGCGGAGUGUAAGAGUGCGCGCGGUCGCCGGCGACGACGGCGACGACGGCGGCGGACGACGACGACGACGAGGACGAGCGAGGGGGAGUCGCGGUGGCGAGAGGCGAUCCGUGCCGAGGGGACAGCCUCGCUCGCAGCUGGGCGCCGCGGCACCCGGGAGGGUGGGGUGGUGACGGCGCGGCGGCCGGACGGAACAACUGACGGAAAACGAGAACGGCCGGAAAGAUGCCGGGCCUGAUCGCAGUGAGCGAGUUCGUCGAGGAGACGAGGGAGGACUACAACUCGCCCACCACGUCCACGUUCGUCUCGCGAAUGCCACAGUGCAGGCAGACCAUCACGUCCCUCGAGGAGACCUUGGACUUCGACAGGGAUGGUCUCACGAAGCUAAAAAAGGCCAUCAAGGCCAUCCACAACUCCGGAAACGCUCACGUGGACAACGAGGUGUACUUAGGAAGGGCGUUAGAGAGACUCGGCGACGCCGCUCUGAAGGAACAGGAGCCGGACAUAGGCGCGGCGUUUCUCAAAUUCGCUGUGGUCACGAAGGAACUGAGCGCCCUCAUGAAGACCCUGAUGCAAAACAUCAACAACAUCGUGAUGUUCCCGUUGGAUUCGGUGCUGAAGGGCGACCUGAGGGGCGUGAAGGGGGACCUGAAGAGGCCCUUCGAGAAGGCCUGGAAGGACUACGAAGCUAAAUACGCGAAAAUCGAAAAGGAGAAGAAGCAGCACGCGAAGGAGGCCGGUCUGAUUCGUACGGAGGUCACGCCCGCCGAGAUCGCAGACGAGAUGGAGAAGGAGAGACGGUUGUUUCAGUUGCAAAUGUGCGAGUAUCUGAUCAAAGUGAACGAGAUCAAAACGAAGAAGGGCAUCGAGCUGUUGCAGCAUCUAGUCGAAUAUUAUCACGCGCAAACAAAUUAUUUUCAGGACGGCUUGAAGACUAUCGAGCACUUCGGCUCGUACGUGGCCGACCUGAGCGUGAAGUUGCAAAAAAUCAGACAGACGCAGGAUGAGGAACGGAGACGACUAACGGAGCUUAGGAGUCUUCUUAGAAGCUCCGGGUGUGACAAAGAGUUGAACGCGAACGCGAACGCGGGUUACUCGCUGCACCAGCUGCAGGGCGACAAGCAACACGGUGUCACGCGCUCCGGCCACCUGCUGAAGAAGAGCGAGGGCAAGAUGAGGCGAGUCUGGCAGAAGAGGCGAUGCGCCGUGCAGGCGGAGGGCUACCUCGAUAUCUGCCACGCGGACGAGAAUAAGCCGCCCACCAGGGUGAACCUAUUGACCUGCCAGAUUAAGUUAGUACCGGACGACAAGCGAGGCUUCGAUCUCAUAAGCUACAAUAGAACGUACCACUUUCAAGCGGAGGACGAGGCGGACCAGCGCGCGUGGAUGUCGGUUCUCGUGAAUUGCAAGGAGCGCGCCCUGUUGCGGGCGUUCGACGCGAGCGGCAAGGCGGAGGCCGGCAGCGGCAAUCCCAGCCUCGUAGAGCUGCAGCAGGCUGUUAUACGAUGCGUUAUGCGAUUACCCGGAAACGAUCAGUGCUGUGAUUGCUCCUCGCAGAACGAUGCCACGUGGCUGUCGACGAACUUCGGCAUAAUAGUAUGCAUAGAGUGCAGCGGCAUCCACCGGGACUUGGGCGUCCACAUAUCGCGGAUACAGUCUCUGACGCUGGAUAACGUCGGCACCGCUCAGCUGUUGCUCGCGCGACACAUGACGAAUCAGGCGUUCAACGAGGUGAUGGAGGCGACGUUGCGUCACAAUCUCAAGCCGUCGCCGACGUCGACGAUGGAGGAGAGGUACGAGUUCAUACGCGCCAAAUACGUGGACAAGAGAUACGUGAUGAACACGUGCGCGGACGAGCGCGAUCUGCUUUCCGAUUUGGAGCACGCCGUUAACAAUCGCGAUCUGCAGCAACUUCUGCAAGUUUACGCCGAGAACGUGGAUUUGGCUGCGCCGUUGCCGACAUCGGAUGUAGGCGAAACCGCAUUACACCUGGCCAUUCUGCGCGAGAUGGGCAGCAGUCUGCACAUCGUGGAUUUCCUGGUGCAAAAUAUGCCGAGCGGCGGUAUCGACAGGGCGACCAUCGACGGGGAAACGGCGCUGCAUCUUUCCGCGCGGCACGACAGAGCGGAAGCGAUGAAGCUGCUUCUACGGGCUGGCGCGGAUCCCUCGCAGCGAAACAAGCAGGACAAGACGCCGCUCGACAUCGCGCAGGAAAUGGGACACCAUACGUGCAAAGAACUGCUCAGCCACGCUCUCCAGAGGCAAAAAACUUUGUUUGAUAACGUCAAUAUUGACUGGAAUCUUUCCCACGACGAGGGAUCCACGGACUUCUCCGACGACGAAACGAUAAUAGAAGACAGGAAUGGAUGUCUGACGCCUGAGAAAAAGUCACGUAGCAGACCACCGUCGUACGCCGGGGGUGGCGGUACGGGACCGGGUGACUCGCCGGUGACACUGCGCAGUCGGAGCAGCACUUGCGACAGUCUACAGAGCGGAUCCUCUCCGAGCGCCUCGACGAACCGUCAGCAAAUGCCUCCACCGCCACCGCCGCAGGCGAGGAAACCCGUAGCUGUACCCACUCCCAUGGCGCCGGACAUUUCACUGAACAUCCACGGCUCGCUGAAGAAGCGGGUUGCGCCGCCGCCGCCGCCCGGUGGAAACUCCAUCGCGAGCGGCGUCCUGCCGUCGUCGCACUACGGUACGCUACCCACGUUGGCUACGUCGACGCACAGUCGUACGACCAGCGAGCCGAUUUUAGCCGGCCACACUUUACACACUCUACCGCAUACGUUGAAUACAUUAAAUAGCCAACAUCAUAAGAGAUCACCGAGCGGCGACUCGUCGACCGGACACGGUAUGGACAAGGCGAACAGUUCAACGCUUCAGAGACCGCGAAAUCCACCGCCCCCGGCUCCAUCCAGUGUCACGACUAGGCUAAGCAACGGACGCAGCAGCGAAUCCCUGAGUUCUAUGUGUUCGGAUCACGGUCUAGGCAAUCCUAUUCCGCCGCCGCGAAAGCGAAGGGACCGGUCCAGACUAGAGAGCUACGCCGAGGAGCCUUCAUCUUUGCUCCCAAAUCUGAAUCUGCCAACCUCGUCGACUUUGAGCGGCCUGCGACGCUGCCGGGCCCUGUACGAUUGCGAGGCCGACAACGAGGACGAGCUGUCGUUUCGCGAGGGUGAGGUCAUCAUCGUGACGAAUGAGCAGACCGACGAUGACAACUGGAUGGAAGGCGCGUUAGAACGAGCGCCGGAGCGGCGAGGCAUGUUUCCGAUUAGUUUCGUACACAUGCUGCAGGAUUAACAUUCGGUAAGCCUGAACUCGUUGGCGAGCGUCACCAGCACUGCCAGUUCGAUGAGCGUCGCCAGUCUCGGCCGUAGAAACUGGCUGAGGAAGCCGAAGGAGUGAAGCCAUCUUUCCGUCGUCCCUUCAGAGUUGAAGCAGUCAUGAGCAACUGAAGGAAGAAACUUUGACGAAUGUUGUUACGAAGUAGUGUUCAAUCCGCAUCUUGAUUCUCUCAUUUUUUACAUUUCCUAGAAAAAUUGAUACACGUUAGGAAUAUGAAAUGAAAGGUGCAUCAAUGAGCAAUUUUGCACCUGCAAAGGGAGUAAAUGUUUUAGAAAUGAGUAGAAUAAGGAUAUAAGUCAUUUUUCGUUUUCAAAAGCACGACGCAAACUUAUGUGUUUAUCCUGAGACUAGAGUCUCGUUUUUUUUUUUUAUAAGGAGAAACCAUCAUUUAUCUUUAUAAAGGAAUAAAAUUUUAUGUUAUAUCAAAAUGUAUAAUUAGAUAUAAUAGGCGACAUUGACGUUCCAUUGUUACUAGUAUAAAUUACGUUAUUAUUUCAGUCAAUAAUUUAAUUGCAUGUAAGUUUGAGUUUCAUCGUUCCGGAUUAUUCUGUAUUCGUAUAAACUAAAAAGACUUAAAAACUUUUCUCUACUACGAUGCAGAGUUAUUUCUGCUGAUGCAAAGAUAUUUAAUCCUAUGGUACUUUACGAGUAACUCUUUUAAACCGAUCGAAUAUCCUGCGAUAAGUUUUAAUUUACUCUUUCGUCGUGUAUAAUGCAACGUCAACGCGUACCAGUUUUUAUAUUUCAAGGGGACUGGAAAACAAGUGUACGUUUUCGGUUAAAAAAAUUAAUAGAUACCUCGAAGAUUUUCCACUGGGCUGUAAUCAAUACGUACGACAUGGAGUGUGUUAACAGCGUGAUUAACGAGGAAUAGAACGACGUUUAGCCGAGUAUUAGUGUCUUACACCGGAUGACAAUCAUAUUGAAACUAUCGAAGGCAUGUGAAUAUCGAUAAUGGAAUACUCGGAAUUUCGUCUCGUCAUCCAGGCAGAUAGGGCGGGGUUUAUCUUUCCCCGACGAUGGGACUCUCGGUUUUUGGAAACACGAGACAGGGGGUGGGAGCAGGGGGGGGGGGGGAACUGAUUGUACAAACGCCGCGAUGUCGACAUUCGCGGGUUUCCGGUGUUUGUCAAAGAAUGUUGUAUCUGAAGAGUUUAUAAUCAGAGAGAUCUUAUAUAUGUAUUCGUCUAAUUGAUAUUAUAUACGGUACGCAAUUGUUCGCAUUGUAAUCUAGUUGCAAGAUAAAAAUCCGGCUAACAAAGUAUGUCGUCGAGAGGCUGACGAGUGAGUUAAGAUCAGAAUUGAGGAUGAUUCUCGAUAUCGCGGAACCGCGACGCUAAAAAAACAUGUGAUAUACAUAUAUAUAUAUAUAUUAUAUUUCAGAGUAGAUUAUUAGUACUAUAUGAAAUACCGCAUAACUAUGAACAAAUUGUGAGAACGAAUGACAUUUUCCAUACCAAAUGACUAACGUAGAAGUAAUGGAGAUAACGUAGAUUUUAUCCGAUGCAUUCGGCUUAUAUGCAAAACGCCCGAAAAAGAAUAUACGCAAAUAAGCGUCUAUCAACCGAGAGAAAAUGUAAUAGUAAAUAUAUAAUGAUAAAUAGUUAUAUGUAGCUUAACAAAAGAAUAUAAAGGAGACUCUCGAGUGCCGAUUAGAAGGAUAUGAGUUUUCGGUGAUUAUACCAGUGUCUAGGAAAUCCUACGAUAAAACACUCCGGCGACUGCGCCGGAAAGAGAUAUGCACGGUUUUUGGUGUCUCGCCGUUCGUACGUUCUAUUGAUCUGGCGCACACUUCUUUUUUCUGUACUGCCAAUAACGGAUCGAUUUAACGUUAGGGAUAGAUGAACUCGCGGUGUAUAGAGCCGUAUUUAUAUUCCGCAUUUGGCGCGAAAUGUCGACUCCAAGUCUACGGGUACCGUUAGACGCGAUCCUCGACACGAGACAAAUAAAUUUCAGAAUCAAACGACUACGUUUGGCGUUAAAUGUGAGAAUGUACGAGCGCGAACCGUAGCCUUUAGCGGAGCGGGGGAGACGACGAUUAAAUUUAAUUAGCGUAAGAAGAAAUCGCGGGAUGGCGAAUUUUAGCGGUCGUCGAGCACGAGAUGUUAUACCGAUAUUGCAUGACAAGUAUUAUUAGCGUACUCGAUUUAAGAAGGUCCGUUACGUAUGACUGUGUACAUUUCUUUUCUUUCUCGUAAUGCCAUACUACAUAUUAGUCGAUCCUCAAAUAGAAUACGGGGCUCGAAACCGGUUAUUAGCCGCCAAGCGUGCUACGAAACAUGACGGAAGCGUGUAAUGUGACGCGACAGGCGGAAUUCCACGCGUCGCGUUGCAUUAUCAAUAUUCUAUUUGAACGUACGAGACCAAAGAGGAUUUUGCGAAAGGCGGAGAGAGAGCCGUCGAGAACGGAGUGUUUGCGAAGUCAUUUUAGUCUACUGGCGUUUACCGGGAUAAAAUCGUUUUCCGGAACGGAACGGGGAAAGCCGCAGUGAAAGCGAUAUUAUUAUUAAUAACGUGAUUACAUAUUGCUGCGCCAAUCGGUAAAGUGACUCCGCAAAUCGCCACGAUUCAGUAACAGUCUAAUCGGCGUGUGUUCCUCGUGUAAUAUGCAUGGAUCGUUCCACUCGCAGAGAUCGUGUGUCGACGGAUAGUACGAGCGAUUAUCGAAACUGUACUGUUUUCCUUACGAUUAUUAUAAAGCUUUGUACAUAGACAAAAACUAGAAUCACUAAAUGCUGCUGCAAACUAUUAGCUGUGACACUAUCUCCUAAAUGUGACUGUUUGAUUUAAAAAGCGCAACACGCGUACUUCUUCAUCAAAAAAAAGAAAGAAAAAGAAACGUUGCUACUAGGAGUUUCGAAUAUUUUCCGAUUUUAUUCGUAGAAAUAAAAGUAUAUCCGAAUCACUUGAUUUAUAUAUGUAGACGUGUAUACAUAUGUUUGUUUCGGAAGAGUUAACUAUUUAAAAAAUUUGUACUGCAUUUUAUCAUUCUCGUGUUAAAAAAAAAGACUUUCUUAUCGACAAUUUUUAAAAAAAUUAACUCGUAGUUCGCAGUCUAUAGAAACCAGAAGAAAAAAUGCGGAAGGCUGAAGGUGCCGUUACCCGAGGCAAUUUUUUCAUAAAGGCAGAUUCGUUUUUAUGAAAAAAAUUGUCCUGCUUUAAAAAGAGAAGAAUAUAUUACCUGUUAUUGCCUAAAAGUAAUAUAAAAUACGAUAUAGAUGAGGUAUAUUGCAGGAUGUUUAAAUUCGAACUACUGGGUCGGAAAUUUACAGUGAAAAUUCUUCGAGGGCACACACUCAGCACUUUCUGUUCCCUCUUACUCAUCUUCGAAAAAUCCUUGAAAUGCCAGUCAAGUCGUUAUCACGUUUAGGCAAGAUAAGAUUGUUGUCCUGGAAACCGUCAGUUUGCUAGAAACCUCUGUAGAAAUGUUAAAUGUACACAAAACUGAGACUAGAAAAAAAUAGUUUCGGUUUGAUACCAUUUUGUUUUCGAGUCAAACCGAUAAAAUAGGUAAACUCGCCUAACGGACGAUGUAGUGCUGCUGCAGUGAAGUUGUAUCCCGUCUAUAACUUCAUUAAGCUGUAACAAAAGAAAGCGCGAUUAGUUGAACAAUUUGACAUUAGAUUAAACAGUCUCAUCUCGUUGCACGUUAUCCUGGAAUUCAUUAAUUUUAUUGCAAGCGCAUCAGCAGUAUCACGUGGAUAUAUGUACGUUCGUGACAGUGAAAUCUUAUCGUCGAUCCAUGUAAAUACGUGUAUAGACAAAGGUAGAAUUUACGCGCCCGUGUUAUAUGUGUAUGCGUGACGAGGAGAGGAAGCGAGAUAAAUCGAUGUUUAUAUUAUACCGAACAUACAUAUAUAUUAAAUUACGAGCUAACUUUAAGUAUGUGGAUACUGUCUAUUUAACUGUACGAUUUAAGCGACGAUUGAUCCUUUGCAUUUCAAACUUAAGAGUAGUCGUUAGGUAGGCCGUAAGUAUUUAUUAUUAUUUUGUAGCCACUUCGUAUACUAGAACGGGACGCGUGAGUGUAUAGAAAACAGAGAGGAGAGGUUCUUCAAAUGUUUGGUACGAACAGCAAAGUGCACGAGCUAAUAUGUUGUACUGUCACCCGUGAUUAAUUAAAUUUUCAUUCUCCGUUUAUUAGCUCUAUAUCGUAGCUCGAGUCUGAACGAAAGAUCUUUCCUCAACAUCAACAUUUUCUAACGUUAGUUAAUUAAUUCUCAAUCAGCAGAAAAAUUCAGAAAGAUCUUUAGAUCGUUUCUGUUGUCCGACUAUCUCUCGUGUUUUUAGUUUAUCAAGGCUGUCAGUGAACUUGGACGAGGGGGUGUAACGGCCCCGUUUUAUCAGGGGAUUCAGCGCGAAUAAUCGUUUUGUACUCGUAUCCGAUAUUUCAGCAACCUUGUGUCGUUUGUGCGAAGAAUGCAUUAAUACAUUGAAUCCCUGCGUGCGUACGUAGCCAUUCCGUUAGAGAUGGGUGGGUGGAAAACGAGGAAACGACGACGGCGCAAGUCAAUCGAACAAAAUCACACCGAUUCUAGAUUCGGCGUACGCGUUUGUCGCCGGCACAGGUCUAAAUAUUUAUAUAUUACACGGAACGAUGACAUUGUAUCGACGUUUAAUAUUAUCUUUCACCGUUAAAACUGUGCACGACGUUCCCGGAUGGGAAUGCGACUUCAGAAAUGUAACAAGAGGAGAAAAUAAAUGCUGUUUAGAGAUCUA